AUGGGUUGUGCGGCUUCGUCGGCGGCGGCACGUACGAAAGCGUCACUAACGGAUACGUCCCCAGACCUGACAACACGCACAACUCGAACAGUGUCGAGCAACAUCAGCAACGAUAUGUUCCGGCAACAACAGCGUCAAGUUUCAAGGGGUCCCACUUCUGCGCAAGCAAUCGAUACAGAAAGAAUUGAGCCAAAAAGGAAAAUGGCAGGUGGUGAUGCAGUCAAGUACGAAACCAUCGAACGUGGAUCCUUGUACUCGAUGGAUUAUCGGAUCUUUAUCAAGGGUCCCGACGGUGUUUUAUCACCCUGGCACGAUAUUCCGCUGUACGCCGAUGAGUCCAAGAAGAUCUACAACAUGAUUGUUGAAAUCCCACGUUGGACCAACGCCAAAAUGGAGAUGGCUACCGCAGAACCAAUGAAUCCGAUCAAGCAAGAUCUAAAAAAAGGUCUGCCACGAUUUGUGCAUAAUAUAUUCCCGCACAAGGGUUACAUUUGGAACUAUGGUGCACUUCCUCAAACGUGGGAGGAUCCUAAUCACACUGUCCCCGACACGGGAGCUAAAGGAGACAACGAUCCCAUUGAUGUCAUUGAAAUCGGGUCGAAGGUUCAAGGCCGUGGUGCAGUCGUCAAGGUGAAAAUAGUUGGAACCUUAGCGCUGAUCGAUGAAGGUGAAACCGAUUGGAAGUUGGUUGCCAUCGAUAUCGAAGACCCAGUAGCGGCACAGAUCAAUAACAUAGGUGAUGUGGAAAAACACUUCCCAGGAUUACUCAAGGCUACCCAUGAGUGGUUCCGUAUCUACAAGAUCCCAACUGGGAAGCCGGAAAACAAAUUUGCUUUCAAUGGCGAAUUCAAAGAUCGAGAUUACGCACACAAGGUGAUCAAUCAAACGAACGAGUUCUGGAAAUCACUUAUCAAGGAGGCGUCGCCCAAGCUAAAAACGUAUGUUCAAAUGCUUAUUACUUCUAAUGAUGGUAUGGUUUUUCUGUGA